AUGGCGACCAAUGAGCCUUUGAUUCAGGAUCCGGUAUCAGGCCUGGCUGAUCUGGUGAAUCGAUCUUUUCAGCUUAUUCCAGGGAAGGAGAUUGUUGUGCGCUACAUUGCGAGUAGCUACCAAAAUGACCCUGUCCGAUCCCUUCUCGAGUUGAUUCUGUUUAUUUUCGCUGUACGCACCAUUUUGCAGAACCGGACCAGGUCGAGCAGGAACUUUGUUAACCUUUCGAACUCAGAUAUUGACUACCUGGUGAAAGAGUUUGAGCCUGAGCCAUUGUGCACACCACUGUCGCCAGAGGAACAAGACGACUUGGAUGGCGCGCCGCAGAUUGUGGGACAUGCCUCUUCGCACCCGAUGGUGAAAGCGCCGUGGAUGUCCGGCACAGUUCCACGCCGUGUAAAGAACUUGGCGUCGUUUAACUUCACUGGCAUGCUUGAAGCGUCUGAACUCACGGUGCAAGCCAAGCAGAUUCUGCGUGAGUACGGUGUGGGCAGCUGUUCCCCCCCUGGCUUUUACGGCACAAGUGAUAUGCACAUCAAGCUAGAGGAGACGAUUGCGUCUUUCCUACGCAAGGAGGCGUGUAUUGUGUACAGCCAGGGCUUCUCGACUAUUAGCAGUGUGAUUCCCGCGUUCUGUAAGCGUGGGGAUGUGAUUGUGGUGGAUUCUGGUGUGAACUUUUCCAUCCAGAAGGGACUGCAGCUGUCGCGUAGUCGUCUGUAUUGGUAUGACCAUCAUGAUAUGUCGUCGCUGGAGGCGGUACUAGCGCAUUUGAAUCGCGAGCAGGCUCGUUCGCGCAAGCCGUUGACACGCCGGUUCAUCGUGACCGAGGCGCUGUUUGAAUCGGACGGCUCCAUGGCGAAUCUCCCGCGUAUUGUCGAGCUGAAAAAGAAGUACAAGUUCCGUAUGAUUCUGGACGAGUCGUACAGUGUAGGCACAGUGGGUCCGACGGGCCGUGGCCUGCCUGAACUGCAGCAUGUCAACCCAGACGAUGUGGACAUUGUGGUGGGCAACCUCGCUGCGUCGUUUGCGACAGCUGGUGGUUUCUGUGCCUCGACCAAAGAGAUUGUAAAGCACCAGCGCAUCAACGGUUUGUCGUUUGUCUUUUCGGCGGCAAUGCCAGUCAUGAUGGCGAAUGGCUCCACGGUCGCGAUCCAAAAGCUGAUGACGCACCCGGACAUCCUAGCACAACUACGUGACAAUACCGAGAAAGCGUACCACGUACUCUCCCAGAUCUCAAGCAUCACUAUUCCCAGUACGCCGGGCAGCCCGUUGAUUCAUGUACAGAUCCGCCCCAAGGCACAAAGUGAGCCCAUGUCGGCUGCAGGCCAACGGCGCCUGCUUCGCCAAAUCAUGCGCCAGGCGCUGAACCAGGAUGUGAUGGUUUCGCUGGGCCCGCGGCUGCGCAGCAUUCGCCCGGAGUUGGAUGAAGGCACAUGGGCCAACCCCAGUCUGCGCAUCGCUGUGACCAGCGCUCUGAGUCCUGCCGAGAUGGCCCAGGCGAUCGAUGUAGUGCGGGCCAGCAUCGUAAGCGUGCUAGGCACAUGA